UGUGUUGUAUUUAAUGAUCGUUGUUAGACAUUGGGUUAAAUUAAACAGCGAGCGUGUUUCCACAAGAAAUUGUAUGUACAAUGUACAACAUAUAUUAAAGUUCUUUUGGCAAAUGGAGUUAAGCCACACCUAGAUCCUGCCCUAUUUUCACAAAAAAGCACAAGCUUUUCUUCAGCCACAUUUAUGUGUGUGCCGGUGCUGCUGUUAGUACCCGGCUGUGUAACUUGAUAGGGGGCAUCGAGAGGGAUAGGGGAAUGCUGAGUUGCAAUGGAGCUGAGUACGAUACAGUGGUUAGGUGCACCCAGCUGCCUUCGAGGGUCUUUUGCCUUUUAUAAGUCAGUGGGUUGCAAGCAAGCAUCUGGGGGUCCAACGCAGGUUUGGAAGCUUGGUGAGUUCUACUUCAUGCGCUGUGGCCCUCAGGAGCCAGUGUGUAUAGCAGAGGUCACAUUGCUUUGGGAAGAUCAGACACAACACUGCCUGCUGGCCAGUUCUAGACUCUACUUCUUACCUGAGGACACCCCGAAGGGCAGAGCAGUAGAGCACGGAGAGGAUGAAGUCCUCGCUGUAUCAAAAAAGAUUGUGGUCAGAGUGGAGGAUCUGGUGAAGUGGACUUGUCAGGAACCGCCACAGUGGAAGAAUAGCAGUCAAAACAUUCAUGGCUCUGUGAAGUCUGAUGGGUCACAAGAUGCUACUUAUCCACAGGAAGGAAAAACGAAUAGGGAGGAGGAUACAUUACAGCAGAAGGUGAAGGUUCUCAGUUAUCCCCAGUACUGCCGCUUUCGUUCCCUUCAAAGACGUGUCCCAGAUCAGGCUAGCUCCCCUAGUCUGCAAGACCCUCACCUGCUGGCUCUAGGAGGGAUAAAAGUGUCCCUUCACAACACACGAGUCCUUUACUGCCGGGAUACUUUCAACCACCCUACUCUAGAGAGCAAUGCUAGCAUUCUGACACAGCUUGGAUGCUCCUCUCUCAGUCUGAAGGGGCGACCUCGUAAAAGAAAGGGCAGUGAUUGCAAAGGUGGUGAUCAGCAAAACAAUAACCAUUUAUCAGAGUCAUGGAUGGAAAGGAUGAAGGAGAACGUGAUGGGCAGUGUGGAGUUCCAUUGGGAUGGGAACUGGCUCCCACAUCCAGAGGAGCAGCUCUUCCUGGAUCAGCUGUUUUUCUUUAUGGAGCGCAAGGGUUCCCCUAUAAGCAAAGUUCCCAACCUGGGUUUCAAAAAGAUUGACCUCUUCCUCAUGUAUUCAGUUGUAAAAAGGCUGGGGGGCUAUGAGAGGGUGACAUCGCGUCGUUUGUGGAAGACUGUGUACAAUGAGUUGGGUGGAAGCCCAGGCAGCACCAGCGCUGCCACCUGCACCAGGCGGCAUUAUGAAAGGCUGAUGCUCCCUUAUGAACUGCAUAUAAGGGGAGAAAACACAGAACUUGCCAAGCCAUUUAUCUCACCGACUAUCAUCACAAAGACUGUGCGGGGCAGAGGGGUGUCAAACAGCCCCCAAAAGAAUGCAAUUACCACCCAGGCUUCACCACAAGAUGGUGCUGUUGUUGUACGUAAAAGAGGAAGACCACCUGGAAAACGCAAUGCCAAAGUUCUGUCCAAAGGCAGAGUUGGAAGACCACCCUUGCACCCCAAACCUCCCUUAGAGAAACGAGCUAGACCCCAUCAAGAGAUUGUCCAGCCAUUGAAUAUUUUUCAAGAGCUAAAGCUCACCAACCAUCCUCAUGGCCAAGGUCUGUCUCUCGUAUCCUCUACACCGGUGCCCCAUCCAUCUAUGUUGGGGCGAGAUGUGAAGGUGGAGACUAUACAACCUCAAGCUCCUUCCUUUCUGUCAGUUCCUUGCAAAUUGCUGGCAGGUGGUUCCUUGGAAGGAUUCAGUCCUACUAAAGGACUGUGUCCUUUGGACCUCUUCCGAGCCCGUCUGGGUCUUAAUGGAGUGAGUACUCAUGAGGUUACUCCUCAAGAUUCUUCCACACCUCACCAGACAAUUAUGGUGCAUCAGCCCAAAGUCAGUACGCCUGAGACUCCUGAGAGUCCCCAGCACCAGUGUUCAGGGUGUAGUUUGGAUCCCUCAUCCCAGAACGGAGGACUCGCCAUGACUAGAGCUCCCCUGCCCCCUCUUAGGAUCCUCCCACUGGACAUUGGCUGUAGUCUGCAGCUGCGUCAACUGAUGCGCUCCCGUCUUGGCUCAGCACACAUGAACACCUUCACCAAGCGUCUUUCUGAAGUUCUGGCUCAGGAUCUCAACAAGACCUCCCAACCCAAUGGCAUUAUUCCUCAAGACCAAUCCCUCCCACUGAACCUGAGCAAGCGAGCCAUUACCAAGAGGUCUGUUGGAGACAUGGAGCUCACGGAACUGCAGAGUCGGGGUGACCAGUUAAUGACCAAAUGGCCAAAGAUGGAAGCUGAGGAUCUCGGAGUAUCUCUGAAGUGGAAUGGCACGUCCCUUCUGGUGCCUUUGAACCAAGAUGAGCCAGCUGAUCUUAGCUCGCCCAGCAGGGCCAGAGCUUUAGUUCAGGACAGGACCAAUGUGGCUUUGACUCUUCCUGAGGCAACUUGUUUCACCUUAGUGCCCAAAUUGGAUGUCCCCCCUGAAAAGCCCUCCAGUAUUGCUGCUUCCCCAGACACUUUACCUAGUAUUUAUCACCUGAAACAAGGGGAAGAGAAGACCAGUGCAAUCGAAGUGACAGUUAAAAAAGAAUCAGAGAGUGGAUCUCUAGAUCCAGAUCUAGAACCUCAACCAAACAGUGACCUCUACUCACAGCGUGUACCUACUGAUGACAUCAAAGAGUCGGGCACAGUUUCCUCUCUCAGAGUACUCUCUAGUUCCCUCCUUUCAAAGCCAUCAAGCUGUUAGCAUGCAGACAUGAGAACAUUACUAACGCUUGCGUACUUUAUCACUCCUUUCUGCUCUGCCUUCCCUGUGGACAAGUUUGUAUUAUGAAUGAUCAAAGAGACAGUUUUGCAGAUGCAUUGCUAUCUGCUAAAUACCUGCUUUUAAAACACUACUCAACUUUGAACUGAUACAGGUGGCCAUGGUUCUACCAAAGAUAAGGUGCCUUGAACUUGAUUAGUCUAUAUUUUAGUACUUUUAAGUUGAAACGUGCUGUAGUUAGUGGAUCAUCAAAUGGCCAGCCAAUAAAGGACACAUGACUCAAAUGACUCAUGGAGCAUUUGAUUUCUUUUCUUCUUUUUAAAUAUAUGUAUUUAAGAAAAACAAGGACACAGAUUCUGAGUCUGGUUACUGUUGGAUCCAGAUAUAAAAAAUGUUUUGUAACAUCAUUGCAGAAAAUUUGGUCUGCUACUGUAUUUUUUCUAUGCUUUGUUUAUAAAUGAUACUUUGAUGAAA